AUGCCCUCUAUACUAGAAGACCCCCUCACAACCCCCGCGCCCCCGCCUACCCCUCCAACCCCAACCUCAACAACGAUAACACCCUACAAGACAACCCUGAGGGAUUCCCGCCCGGUAACGCUGUACCCGUUCUACAAGGGGAGGUUGUGCUCUUCUUCUCCUUCUGUUCCGAUUCCGCAAGACCUACUCCACUUCCUACAUGGGGAGUUCAGCGCCGAGAUCGAGCGCGGAUGCACGUAUCCCAUGGACGAGGCGAUGAGCGAGGAGCGCUUCACGGAGUACUGGUUUGGGGGGGUUGCAGUUGUUGCGGUUUUGGAUGCUUCGCCUUCGCCUUCGCCUUCGCCUUCUGAGAACCAGAAUGAGAACGGGAAUGCACUGCGACAGGGAAGGGAUUGGGGAAAGGAGUGUUUGGGGACGUUUUAUAUCAAGGCGAAUUAUCCUGGACGGUGCUCUCAUGUGUGUAACGCUGGGUUUCUCACGACUAGCGCCGUGAGGAAUCAAGGCGUCGGGUUGGUGAUGGGCCAGGCGUAUUUGCAUUUUGCGCCGUUGUUGGGCUACAAAUACUCCGUGUUUAACCUGGUCUUUGAGAAUAACAUUGCCUCGGUCAAGAUCUGGGAGAAACUCGGCUUCAGCGUGAUCGGAAGGGUUCCUGGCGCGGCGCGGCUGGCAAACAGUGAAGAACUGGUGGAUGCAUUGAUUAUCGGGAAGGAUCUUUUAAGUACAGAAGCACAAACGCAAUAA